CCCUGCGCAGGCCCGUGGAGUGUCCCCACCCCCGGAAGUGCGGGUCGCGCUUCCGGCGGCGGCUCGGGGGGCCGGGGGUGUGCACCCUUACCGCCGCGGGCGGCCCUGCGCGUGAGGGGCGCGCGGGACGAGUCAUCUCGUGCGCCCUUGCCCACCAUGGCCAAGCCAGCAAGCAAAGAUUCAGGCUUGAAGGAAAAGUUCAAGAUUCUGCUGGGACUGGGAACACCAAGGCCAAGCCCUAGAUCCGCAGAAGGCAAACAGACGGAGUUUAUUAUCACAGCGGAAAUCCUGAGAGAACUGAGUGUUGAAUGUGGUCUCAACAAUCGCAUCAGAGUGAUAGGGCAGAUCUGUGAAGUUGCAAAAACUAAGAAAUUUGAAGAGCAUGCAGUGGAAGCACUCUGGAAGACUGUCGCGGACCUGCUGCAGCCAGAGCGGCCACCAGAGGCUCGACACGCGGUGCUGGCUCUGCUGAAGGCCAUUGUGCAGGGGCAGGGUGACCGUUUGGGGGUCCUCAGAGCCCUCUUCUUUAAGGUCAUCAAGGAUUAUCCCUCCAAUGAAGACCUCCAUGAAAGGCUGGAAGUUUUCAAGGCCCUCACAGACAAUGGGAAACACAUCACCUACUUGGAAGAAGAACUGGCGGAGUUUGUCCUGCAGUGGAUGGAUGUUGGCUUGACCUCAGAAUUCCUUCUGGUGCUUGUGAACUUGGUCAAAUUUAACAGCUGUUACCUCGAUGAGUAUAUUGCAUCAAUGGUUCACAUGAUCUGUCUGCUCUGCAUCCGGACUGUGUCCUCUGUGGACAUAGAGGUCUCCCUGCAGGUGCUGGAUGCUGUGGUCUGCUAUAACUGCCUGCCGGCUGAAAGCCUCCCCCUGUUCAUCGUCACUCUUUGUCGUACUAUCAACGUCAAGGAGCUCUGUGAGCCUUGUUGGAAGCUGAUGCGUAACCUCCUGGGCACCCACCUGGGCCAUAGUGCCAUCUACAACAUGUGCCGCAUCAUGGAAGACAGAGCCUAUAUGGAAGAUGCCCCACUGCUGCGAGGAGCUGUGUUCUUUGUAGGCAUGGCUCUCUGGGGAGCCCACCGACUCUAUUCUCUCAAGAAUUCCCCAACAUCUGUGUUGCCAUCUUUUUAUGAGGCCAUGACCUGUCCCAAUGAGGUGGUGUCCUAUGAGAUCGUGCUGUCCAUAACCAGACUUAUCAAGAAGUACAGAAAGGAGCUACAGGCUGUGACGUGGGACAUCCUGCUGAACAUCAUCGAGCGGCUGCUUCAGCAGCUCCAGAGCUUGGAGAGCCCAGAGCUCAGAACCAUCGUCCAUGACCUGCUGACCACUGUGGAGGAGCUGUGUGACCAGAAUGAGUUCCAUGGCUCACAGGAGAGAUACUUCCAGCUGGUGGAGAGCUGUGCAGACCAGAGGCCCGAGUCCUCCCUCUUAAACCUGAUAUCCUAUCGAGCUCAGUCCAUCCACCCAGCAAAGGAUGGCUGGAUCCAGAAUCUGCAGCUGCUGAUGGAGAGGUUCUUCAGGAACGAGCCCCGCAGUGCUGUGCGCAUCAAGGUGCUGGACGUGCUGUCCUUUGUGCUGCUUAUCAACAGGCAGUUCUAUGAGGAGGAGCUGAUUAACUCGGUGGUCAUCUCCCAACUUUCCCACAUCCCUGAGGAUAAAGAUCACCAAGUCCGAAAGCUGGCUACCCAAUUGCUGGUGGACCUGGCGGAAGGCUGCCACACCCACCACUUCAACAGCCUGCUGGAUAUCAUCGAAAAAGUGAUGGCCCGCCCCCUUUCCCUGCCUCCAGAGCUGGAAGAAAGGGAUGUGGCUGCCUACUCGGCCUCCCUGGAGGAUGUGAAGACUGCAGUCCUGGGGCUUCUGGUCAUUCUUCAGACCAAGCUGUAUACCUUGCCUGCCAGCCAUGCCAUGCGUGUGUAUGAGAUGCUUGUCAGCCACAUCCAGCUCCACUACAAGCAUGGCUACUCCCUGCCCAUUGCCAGUAGCAUCCGGCUACAGGCCUUCGACUUCCUGCUGCUACUGAGGGCUGAUUCGCUGCACCGCCUCGGGUUGCCCAGCAAGGAUGGGGUCGUGCGGUUCAGCCCCUACUGCCUCUGUGACUGCGCGGAGCCAGAGUGGGGCUCUGAGAAGAAGGCCAGCGGCCCCCUUUCACCUCCCACAGGGCCACCUGGCACUGUCCCCUCUGGCCCUACCGUGCGGCUUGGCCACCUGCCCUACUCCCUGCUCUUCCGUGUCCUGCUGCAGUGUUUGAAGCAGGAGACCGACUGGAAGGUGUUGAAGCUAGUCCUCAGCAAGCUGCCUGAGUCGCUGCGCUACAAGGUCCUCAUCUUCACCUCCCCAUGCAGUGUCGACCAACUGUCGUCUGCCCUCUGCUCCAUGCUCUCAGGUCCAAAGACCCUCGAGCGGCUCCGAGGUACCCCCGAAGGCUUCUCCAGAACCGACCUCCACUUGGCCGUGGUUCCGGUGCUGACAGCUCUGGUCUCUUAUCACAGCUACUUAGACAAAGCCAAGCAGGCUGAGCUUGGCAGACCUGUCCCAGGAUGUGCUCUGCCCCUCCUGUGUGGCUGGCCUGCCAUUCUGGCAUUACCCCAGAAGCGUGAGAUGGUUUACUGCCUGGAGCAAGGCCUCAUCUACCGCUGUGCCAGCCAGUGUGUGGUGGCCCUAGCCAUCUGCAGUGUGGAGAUGCCCGACAUCAUCAUCAAGGCGCUGCCUGUCCUGGUGGUGAAGCUGACACACAUCUCUGCCACGGCCAGCAUGGCUGUGCCGCUCCUGGAGUUCCUGUCCACUCUGGCCAGGCUGCCCCAUCUCUACAGAAACUUUGCUGCAGAGCAGUAUGCAAGUGUGUUUGCCAUCUCCCUGCCGUACACUAACCCCUCCAAGUUCAACCAGUACAUCGUGUGCCUGGCCCAUCAUGUUAUUGCCAUGUGGUUCAUUAGGUGUCGCCUGCCCUUCCGGAAGGAUUUUGUCCCUUACAUCACUAAGGGCCUGCGCUCUAACGUCCUCCUGUCCUUUGAUGACACCCCCGAGAAGGACAGUUUCAGAGCACGGAGCACCAGUCUCAACGAGAGGCCCAAAAGGUUUGGUUUGAGGAUAGCCAGAGCCCCCAAACAAGGCUCGAAUAACUCCCCACCUGUGAAAGAACUCAAGGAGAGCCCUGCAGCCGAGGCCUUCCGGUGCCGCAGCGUCAGUGUGUCUGAUCAUGUGGUCCGCAGCAGGAUACAGACAUCCCUCACCAGUGCCAGCCUGGGGUCAGCAGACGAGAACUCCAUGGCCCAGGCUGAUGACAACUUGAAAAAUCUCCAUCUGGAGCUCACAGAAACGUGCCUGGAUAUGAUGGCCCGAUACGUGUUCUCCAACUUCACGGCAGUACCCAAGAGGUCUCCCGUGGGAGAAUUUCUCCUGGCAGGCGGCAGGACCAAAACCUGGCUGGUUGGGAACAAGCUUGUCACAGUGACGACCAGUGUGGGAGCUGGGACCCGCUCAUUGCUGGGCCUGGACUCUGGGGAUCUGCAGGCCAGCCCAGAGUCAAGCUCCAACCCUGGCCUGCACGUGAGACAGACAAAAGAGGCGCCUGCUAAGCUGGAAUCCCAGACUGGGCAGCAGGUGUCUCGCGGGGUCCGGGAUCGGGUGCGCUCCAUGUCGGGGGGACAUGGCCUUCGAGUUGCUGCCCUGGAUGCACCAGCUUCCCAUAUCCCAGGAGGCUGCACUUCUGCAGGACCACAGAAUGUACCAGCUACAAAGCCGGAGAAGGCCUCUGUGGGUGCCCAGGUUCUAGCACCAGAGAAGACGAAUCUCGCAGCCUAUGUACCCCUGCUGACCCAGGGCUGGGCCGAGAUCUUGGUCCGAAGGCCCACAGGGAACACCAGCUGGCUGAUGAGCCUUGAGAACCCACUUAGUCCCUUCUCCUCGGACAUCAACAACAUGCCCCUGCAAGAGCUGUCCAACGCCCUCAUGGCUGCUGAGCGCUUCAAGGAGCACCGUGACACGGCUCUGUACAAGUCACUGUCAGUGCCGGCAGCUGGCACGGCCAGGCCCCCUCCUCUCCCACGCUCUAAUACAGUGGCCUCUUUCUCCUCCCUGUACCAGUCCAGCUGCCAAGGACAGCUGCACAGGAGCAUUUCCUGGGCAGACUCUGCUGUGGUUCUGGAGGAGGGGAGUCCAGGCGAGACUCAUGUACCAGGGGAGCCCCCCGAGUUGGAGGAUUUGGAGGUAAUGUUAAGUACAGACAGACGUUGCCGGCGCUCUGAGGCUUACAGCAGGUCAUCCUCGGCCUCCAGCCAGGAGGAGAAGCCCCACACUGAGGAGCUGGCUGCAGGGGGCAUCCCAAUUGAGGCAGCAGUCUCCUCUGAGGGUGGCCGGCCCUCCGUGGACCCUUCCUUCCAGCCAUCACAGCCCCUGAGCAAGUCCAGCUCCUCGCCUGAGCUGCAAACACUGCAGGACAUCCUUGGGAACCCUGGGGACAAGGCUGAUGCUGGCCGGCUGAGCCCUGAGGCCAAGGCCCGAUCCCAGUCUGGGAUCCUGGAUGGGGAAAGUGUGGCCUGGGCAGCCCCAGGUGAAGAGGGCCGGGGCCCCGCCGUACCCGAGGGUCCUUUGCCAUCCAGUUGCCCCCGCUCUCCCAGUGGCCUCCGGCCCCGAGGCUACACCAUCUCCGAUUCAGCCCCAUCGCGCAGGGGCAAGAGGGUGGAGAGGGACACUUUGAAGAGCAGAGCUGCAGCCUCCAGUGCUGAGAAAGUACCCGGCAUCAACCCCAGCUUCGUGUUCCUGCAGCUCUACCACUCGCCGUUCUUUGGUGAUGAGUCCAACAAGCCCAUCCUUUUGCCCAAUGAGUCCUUCGAGCGGUCCGUGCAACUCCUUGACCAGAUCCCUUCGUAUGACACACACAAGAUUGCUGUGCUGUAUGUGGGCGAAGGCCAGAGCAACAGCGAGCUGGCCAUCCUCUCCAAUGAGCAUGGCUCCUACAGGUACACAGAGUUCCUGACAGGGCUUGGCAGGCUCAUCGAGCUCAAGGACUGCCAGCCCGACAAGGUGUACCUGGGUGGCCUGGACGUGUGUGGCGAGGAUGGCCAGUUCACCUAUUGUUGGCACGAUGACAUCAUGCAAGCUGUCUUCCAUAUUGCUACGCUGAUGCCCACCAAGGAUGUGGACAAGCACCGCUGUGACAAGAAGCGACACCUGGGCAAUGACUUUGUCUCCAUCAUCUACAAUGACUCUGGGGAGGACUUCAAGCUGGGCACCAUCAAGGGCCAGUUCAACUUUGUCCACGUGAUCAUCACACCCCUGGACUACGAGUGCAACCUGCUGUCACUGCAGUGCAGGAAAGACAUGGAGGGCCUUGUGGACACGAGCGUGGCCAAGAUUGUGUCUGACCGCAACUUGCCCUUUGUGGCUCGCCAGAUGGCCCUGCACGCAAACAUGGCCUCACAGGUGCACCACAGUCGCUCCAACCCCACCGACAUCUACCCCUCCAAGUGGAUCGCCCGGCUCCGCCAUAUCAAGCGGCUCCGCCACCGGAUCCGUGAGGAAGCCCACUACUCGAACCCCAGCCUGCCUCUGCUACAGAUGCAGUCCACAGCCCACCCCAGAGCUCAGGCUCAGGCCCCAGCUGAGGCCACAGCCACCUGUGAGGCAGGCCAGCGGAAGCGCCUCAUCUCUUCAGUGGACGACUUCACCGAGUUUGUGUGAGGCCGAGCAUGUGCCCAGGGCUUGCUGUGGCCAGGCUUGUGGCCACCUCCUCCCUGUCCCCCCACAGGAUGAUGGACAGUGUUCUGUAUACAUGAAAAUAAAUUGGCCAUGUGUCCCCGGCACUCAGACUCAGGUGCAGGUAGCAGUCA